UUAGGCUUGCAUCCUCAUGUGAAUAUAUAUAUAUAUAUAUAUAUAUAUCCUUGGCCUGUUCCCAAGGUCGACAAUCCGAAGUCGUGAAUUUGCUUGCUCUGCUCUUUGUGGGUUCAGUUGCACUCGUCGCAUACAGCGUCUUAUUGUAUUUCAGCGAUGGCGUCUGUUGUGGCUUCCGCUGUUGCUGCUCCAGUUUCCUUGGGCGCUGCCGCAUCCUCUGUGGCUGCCUCCAAUGAGUCUGCCACCGUCAAGGCUUUCUCUGGCCUGAAGCCGGCUACCCUGUUCUCCAGCAAGACUCAGAAGUUGGGAGCCGUCCAGAAUGGCAGCCGCGUGCAAUGCAUGCAGGUGUGGAACCCGAUCGGACAGCCCAAGUUCGAGACCUUCUCGUACUUGCCCCCACUGACCGAUGACCAGAUUGCUAAGCAGGUGGACUACAUGAUCCAGCAGAACCUGAUUCCCUGCAUCGAAUUCGACACUGUUGGAUCCGUGAGCCGCACCAACUUCUCCGGCGCGGGUUCCUCGGGCUACUACGAUGGGCGCUACUGGACCAUGUGGAAGCUGCCCAUGUUCGGGUGCACCGACUCUUCUCAGGUGCUGAGGGAGAUCCAGGAGUGCAAGUCGCAGUUCCCCAGCUGCUGGGUCCGCGUCUUGGGCUUCGACAGCAAGAAGCAGGUGCAGAUCUGCGGGUUCUUGGUCUCCAGGCCCAACUAGAUUAAUCUGCCGAGCACUUGGCCCCUGGAUCAGUUAGCAGCUCUAAGUCUGAUAAAUUGGGAGUGAGUCAUUUACAUGGCAAUAGAGCCUUCUCGAGCAUUUUGUAUUAUGGAAUCUUUCGAUUUUAUGAAAUCUUUACUUGAACAUAUAUGUAUUUAAUUACUAUUUCAAGCUUGGUUAUUGUUAUUUUCUGCAAUAAUCCUUUGCAGUCCUA